UAGAAAUGAGUCAACACAUCUCCGCCCCUACAUUUCCUCUGGGAAACGCCUCACUCAGCUAUAAAAUCGGGUCUGGCUGGGAUGGUCAGCAGAGCAGAAAAGAUCGUUGGAGUGGAAGCAAAAGUUGCACAAUGGAGUUUUGCACGUUAAAGCUAUUUACGGUUUUAUUCUCGUUUUACAGCGUUUUGGCGUUGCCACAAUGGUUGCCACCUACAGGUAACAGAGCUGCGUGUCUCCUUCAAGUGGACGAUGGACCUUGCAGAGCAGCAAUUGAGCGCUAUUACUACAACACUUUCACCCAAAAGUGCGAGAUUUUUUACUAUGGAGGCUGCAAAGGGAAUGCCAACAAUUUCAACAGUUAUCAGGAGUGUCAGAAGAGUUGUUUCAGAUUCCCAAAGAUUCCCCAGAUCUGCCGGUACCCUAGAGAUGUGGGACCAUGUCGUGCUCGCUUUCCCAGCUACUUCUUCAACAUGGCCACAAUGCAGUGUGAGCCAUUUUAUUAUGGUGGCUGCCAAGGGAACCCCAAUCGCUUCAAAGACCCCACCUCUUGUGUGGAGUACUGCAGCCCUCGAAAACGUUAGUAGCCACAUAUUUACUCUGACAUGCUGCCACUGAGUAAUCUUGAAAAAAAAGAGACGUUGUUCUCUUCCUGCAUGGAUUACAGAGUGACAACAGUACUGCUAAAUUAAAACACUGAAAUACCAGAUGUGAUUGAAUUGCAAAAGUUUGAAUUAUAAUGUUAACAAAGAAAGAGAAAACUUGUGUUUCAGGUGCAAUGUAAUGGUAGUACUGAGAAAAAACUUCAUACAAAAAGAAUCCUCCUCCAUGCCUUUGUGAGAAUUCACAGUGAAGAAAGAUAUUUCAGUCAUAGGAAAAUGAUUAAACAAUCUGAGAGGAAAAACAUGAUUUUACUGUUGAAAAAAGCAAUUAAAUCCUUGUCUUUGUUCUCCUCUUCAACGUCUAUGAUUGACAGCCUUGCUGUGUGAGUUGUGGUUUAUUUUACAGCUGUUCCUCUGAAUUACCUAUUAGCUAAUAUAAAAUAAAGAACUUAUUUGCCCU